AUGUUCACUUCAUUGACGCCAACAAAGACGUGCACAGCGAACCUCUCAAUCUCCAGUCAUUGCUACUGCUACCGGUGCGGCGACUCUCCCCUUCCGCACCAAUCUUACAGUGACACGACUGCCAGCGCGUUCCCUCUCGAACCAAACUCCACGUACGCUUCCACAGGAGAACCGGUCCACACGUUUCCGCACAUAUCCAUCGGG